AUGUCAUCUCAAGAAGAACCAACUGCAGAUCAAGACUUUGGAGAUUUAUUUGGUUCAGAAGAAGAAGCCUCUGAUAUUGAUGAUGGACGCUCAAAUUCACCGCAGCCCAAUCAUUCAACUACUCAAGAUAAUUUAUUUGGAAGUGAUGAAGAAUCAGAACCAGAAUCACGGCAAAAUCUAAACAGGCAUGUAUCACUUGAUGAAGAACAAGAAGAACAAGUAGAAGAAGAACAGAGUGAUGAAGAUUCAAGAUAUCCUGAAUACAGUAGUCAACAUAGAAAAAAGGAAAUUGUUGAAGUUGCACUACAGAUGCCUCAGCUACCACUACCUUAUGGUGAUAAUCAUAAAUAUUACUUGGCAAAGUUACCUCGUUUCUUGGAUUAUGAAGUCGACCCUUUUGUCCCUGAAGAAUUCCAAGUCAAGGUAGAAGAAGGACUGACACCUGCGCAGGAACAAGAAGCAAUUCGUGAACAAGUAGAAAGCACGAUACGAUGGCGUCGUACGAUGAAUAAAGAAGGCGAACAAACACUACAAUCCAAUGCACACCUAGUCGAAUGGGAAGACGGUAAGGUAUCGUUGAUGCUCGGAGACGAAUGUUUUGAUGUGGGUUCAAAGCCAGUGGUCCCAGAAGAACACGUCUUUUUACUAGCGCAUCAGACCGAAUCGGGUGCACUAGAGAGUCAAGUCGAAUUCACAGAGCAUAUGACAUUCAGACCUAGUGGUCUCUCUAGUCAGACACAUCGUCAUAUUACGGCUCAGAUUGCUGAUAGACAAGUCAAGAAGAAUAAGACCAAGAUGUACUUUACUGAAAAGGAUCCUGAAUUGGUCAAACAGGAACUAGAGAUGCAAGAGAACGAGCGUUUAAAGGCACAAAGAAAAUUGGAGAUGCAACAAAAGAAGGCAGAUAUGAGAUACGGUGAAGGCAUGUCGCGUCGUAGAGAUCAGUACGAGUAUGAUUAUGAUACAGGCGCAGAUUAUGCAUACCGACAGGCGAGUCGAGCUCAAGAUAGAUAUGAAGAAGACUUUGUAGUAGAUGAUGAUGAGUAUGAUGAAGAAGAAGAAAGAAUGAGAGAGGAUCGGUUGGCACAGGUCAAACGUGCAGGCAUGGAUAGAUAUAAACGUUCUCAUGAUGUAGAAGAAGAAGAUGAUGAAGACUAUGGUGAUGAAGAUGAUGAGGAAGAUGAAGAAAUUGUAGUAAGAAGGGCCAAGCGUAAUAGAGUUGCAAGUGAUGACGAUGAUGAUGAAUAA